CACACUCCAUACCAGUUGGUGGCGGUAAUGCACCAAUUCGUUGUUUGCCAACCGCCAAUAAACCUCAAAUAGGAAGAAGACAGAAGGUCACCUCAUCUCAGCACCUUGUCAACGAGAAUACCGAGUAGUUCUGUAACUAUUUAAUAACGCAAUGGACAGUUUUGAUAACCUCAGUGCGUCGGAUAAAGCAGAGGCGACGGAGCUUCAGCGUAUGAUCGCGAUAGAGCAGCAGAAAGCGCAGUUCCAGGCCCAGGUGCACACUUUCACUGACGUCUGCUGGGACAAGUGUGUGGACAGUCCGGGCUCCAAGCUGGACUACCGGACAGAGACGUGCCUGGUGAGCUGUGUGGAGCGAUUCAUCGACACCACCCUGUCCAUCACCAACCGCUUCACGCAGAUGGUGCAGAAGGGUUCUCAUUAAUAGUGGACUAUAUAUUCUAACUGGACUACUGUGUAAUGACCUUGAUGCAAUGUUUUUAUUCCCAACAUGUUGAUGGGAGAUUAUGUGUGGAGGACAUUUUUUACUGUUCAUGCUUUCGACGGGGGGUGCUUGAAUGGUCCAAAAUGAGUUCAAAUGGGACAACAGCGUGGUUGUGCUGCAAUUGGCAGCAAGAUGUACCUGUUGGAAUCAAGGAGUCAUGUAGUGUGACAUUAGUAAAGUAACACACUGUGCUCAUGUUCACCAUCCUGUCUGUGAUCCCUCAUGUACUAAACAAAAUGUGGAAUACUGUUGAUCCGAGCGCCCGCUCGCGUCCGUUUCAACAACAGAUCUGGGUUCAGUGACUAGUUUGGAUUUGUCCGUGUCUGUGUUGCUCCAGUAUCAUCAAUCAUUGGGUGGAGAAAGAAUAGAAAGGUGAACUAACAACCACAACAACAUUGGUGAAUAAUAUAUUGCUUUCAAAAUCAUGGUUAAAGAAAUGGCUUAACCACA